CAGAUCCAUUAUGAUAUAGAGCCCUGACAGUGUGGCCCUGCCAUCUGGUAGGUUGUCAGGCAAAAGGGUGCUGUGUGUUUGCUUUUGCUCCUGUUCAAUAACCCUGACUCUGCACUGCCACGGGGGUCGUUUGGGGAUACAGAUUGUUGUGCAUAGUCUCUUUAUUCUCACUCCGCCUACUGCUCAGAUACACCCAGCACGGAGAAGUCGUUUCCUCAUCCGAAUCGAAGAAGCUGAAAUAUGACUCGUCGUGUGGCGGUGGUCGGAGGAGGAAGUUCAGGAUUGGCCUGCAUCAAGUGCUGCCUGGAUGAAGGGCUGGAGCCAGUCUGCUUUGAGAGCAGCGAUGACAUUGGUGGUCUGUGGAGGUUUAAGGAGAAUCCAGAGCCAGACAGAGCGAGCAUUUACCACUCUGUCAUCAUCAACACCUCCAAGGAGAUGAUGUGUUUCAGUGACUUUCCCAUCCCUGGUCACUUCCCAAACUACAUGCAUAACUCCCUCAUCAUGGACUACUUCCGGAUGUAUGCUGACCACUUCCAGCUCACCAAGCACAUACGCUUCAAUACCAAAGUCUUGCAGGUGAAGCAGAGAUCAGAUUUUUCUCAUUCAGGCCAGUGGGACGUUGAGAUCGAGAACAAGGACGGCAAAAAGGAGAGACACAUUUUCGAUGCGGUGAUGAUCUGUGUUGGACAUCACUGCCAGCCCAACCUGCCACUGCAUGACUUCCCAGGCAUUGACACCUUCACGGGAAAGUACUUCCACAGCAGAGACUACAAGACUCCUGAGGAGUGGAGGGAUAAAAAGGUUGUAGUGAUUGGGAUAGGAAACUCUGGAGGAGACAUAGCAGUGGAGCUGAGCAGAGUCACCAAGCAGCUUUACCUGAGCACGCGAAGGGGAGCCUGGAUUCUGAAUCGAGUUGGUGACAACGGGCUGCCUUUGGAUCUGCUUUUUAACAGGGUGUUAGAUUUUGUGCGGAAAAUCCUUCCCUUUGGUGUUUUCUGUGGUUUAGCAGAGAGAGUGCUCAACCAAAGAUUUGAUCACGCUCUGUACAAUCUGAAGCCAAAGCACAGGUUGUUCAGCCAACAUCCCACAUUUAAUGAUGAGCUUCCCAACCGCAUCCUGUCUGGAACAGUUCAGGUGAAACCCAACAUCCGCAGGUUUCAGGGGUCCAGUGUGGAGUUUGAAGAUGGAAGUGUCGUGGAAGAUGUCGACCUGGUGGUGUUUGCCACAGGUUACAAGUUUUCCUUUCCAUUCCUGGCCUCACAUGUGGUCUCAGUGUCUCAGAACAAAGCAUCUCUGUACAAGUAUGUGUUUCCUCCUGAGAUGGACCGCCCCACUCUGGCUAUCAUUGGUCUCGUGCAGCCACUGGGAGCCAUUAUGCCCAUCUCUGAGAUGCAGGCCAGAUGGGCCACACGUGUCUUUAAAGGCUGCAUCAAGCUUCCCUCAAUGGCGUCCAUGCUAAAAGAUGUCGAGUGUAAGAAGGAGACAAUGGCCAGAAGGUAUUUCCCCACUCAGAGACACACCCUCCAAGUGGAUUAUCUCAGAUACAUGGAUGAGAUAGCAGAGCUGGUGGGAGUUCGCCCCAACUUCUUGAAGCUGCUGCUGACUGAUCCCAGGCUGGGACUGACUGUGUUGUUCGGUCCCAGUACUCCGUACCAGUAUCGUCUCAAAGGGCCAGGAAAAUGGGCUGGAGCCCGCCAGGCCAUCCUCACACAGUGGGAGAGAGUGGCUCAUUCCAUGCAGACUAGACCUUGCUGUGAUCCCGAACCCAUGAGAUCAUUUAUGUGGCCUCUGAUCCUGUCUGCUUCUGCUGUGGGCUUGGCUGCAUACGUUAACAGGAGCAACCUUCCAGAUUUCCUGCAGGAUCCCACUAUACUGUUGGAUAAGAUAAAAGCAUAUCUGCCUGCACAUUAAUGUGAAAUUCAUACUCGUUCCUCUCAUUGUCAUGUGUUCUUUUAACACAUUCAUCAUACAUGUUUGCAGUUUCUCCACUAAACUACACUAGCACCGAAAUGCAUUUACUAAAAUAUGCAAGUCAAUGAUGCCACUUCAUGGUCGCUUGAAAGACCGACUGAUGCUAUACUGUGCCAAACAUAUAUUCAACAUAUUCCACUGUCUGUCUAAUUCUCAUUGUAAGCUUUAAUUGCAGUAUGUAACAAUUUUGCUUCAUUUGCAUGACCAGAACAUGAAGAUAAACUUGACUUUUAGGCAAUGAUGCUGCAUUUUAAUUUCUUUUUUGGUGUGUUUUUAUAUUAUAUAAUGUAACUUGCGUCGCCCAGAUGCUUUCUACAGACCGAAGAAUACACUAUGUUUUUUACAUAUUUUUUUUCUUUCUUUUUACUAAAAAACUAAUGUAAACACUUCAUUACAUUCCUGGAAGAAGACUCAAGUAUCUAAAUGCACAGUCCAGGGUUGUAUAAAUAAAAAGGAGCCCCACCAAUAGAGAUUGUUUACAAAUUAAUGUAUUUUAUUACAACUAUUUUCUUUUCUAAAGCAGUUGAAGCUUUGUUAACAAAAAAAAAAAAAAAAAAGAAUAACACAGAUUGAUACAGUAACACAGGUGUAAAUCUGGCCCAAAUUUUCUAUGUGAUGAAUGCUUUCCUUUGAUGAAUUUUGUUUUGAAUACUUUGAAUUUUUAAGUGAAUAAAAAAUAAUACCAGGGAUUAAUAAUAAUCUUAAUUUUGCCACAGGUAAAGUUAAACAUACAGUUACACUCAGGCUGACAUAUAACACAAAGCACUGCACAAUACGCUUGCAGGCUAAAAGCACUUACAAUUGUUUAACUAUCAAAGUUUUUGAUAAAGACACAGCUCAGAGGAGAUCAGUGUUCUGAGAUUUGUAUAAUAAAUAAAGUGAAGUUCAAAAGUU